UUAAAAAGUAUCGAAAAAGUGCGUUUCGUGUGGAGAACAUAGCGUGGAAGCUAAUGUGUUGGGAAUUGGGUCCAGUGGUCGCCGUACGGGUUUGUGUUUGGCAAAAGAAAAACACCGCGUCCCUGGGGUGCUUUGGGGCUCUGGUGACGAUCGAAGAAGGCGACAGAAAUUUAAUUCGCACUAACCCAUCAGUCGUAUAAGAAGAAAAAGCUGCGACCAGAGAGGACAUUGUUGGGUUUUGAGGGUGAUAAGUUUUUUUUCUGAACUGCAUUGCUCGAUGGCCGAUGUUUCGAUUAACUAAACCGAUUAUUAAGUGAAUCAACCGCGGACGUACAUUCCGACACAUUUUGUGUAAACCCCGGAUUCAGUACCACAUUGGCUGACAACUUGGUCGAUCGGAGACCGGGAAGUCCCAAGGCUAAAUAACCGCUCCCGAACAUGGAUGACGAUGGUGAAUACAACGACGGUGACAUAGUCUGGGUGAAGCUCAGCUAUUGUUGGUGGCCGGGUGAGGUGUUGGGUGGUGAUCGUUUGACCGAGGAUUUCAUUUCCACGUUGAAACGCCGCCCCUUGGCCGUUGUUAAGUUCUUCGAGGAAGAUUCAUAUGAAUAUGUCAGAAAUACUAAUUUUAUCUAUAAAUAUAACUGCGGUAGGAAACACGAAUUUCUUAGAAAGGGCUUGGAACAAUACCGCGCCAAAAAUAAGCACAUGGAGAAAUUUCCCUCUGACGUUAUGCAUGCCGAACGCGCAACAGGAGGCGACCCAAACAUUGUCAACUCAACCGACUUUUUGCCUCAAAAGCGCGAAAGCUAUGCGGACAUCUUUGGCGAUAGAAACAAAGGCAAAGGUAAGAACACUAGCAAGAAGGUCGCCUCUCCUAGUAAAGUAGUACCAGUGAUUCCUGUGAAGAAGCACGAGGUCAGGAUACUGGGACAAGCGACAACAUCGACGGGACUGGGCGUCGGAAGCCGAAGUCUAUCAUCGUCUCUAGCUUCGGCUUCAUCGCUGUCAUCGACUCCGAGAUCCGCAUUCAAUGCGUCUUCGCUGAACUCAUCGGUAGAUGUCACCAACAACAGCACGAUUGGCUCGCCGAUACAGAACUAUCGUUGCCACAAAUGUGGCUUCGAAAGUGGGCGACAAAAUGUGAUUGUUCUCCAUACCAAGUAUUGCCGCGCUAUACCGCUGAACUUACCUUCGGUGAAAGUAACCAAACCAGUUCCAAUAACACCGGAGAAACCCGAGCCAGACACGACCCAAACAGUUGUAGAGUCCCAAGGCAAAUUGGUUGCUUCCACUCCAAAAACGGACGUACAGGAAAAGAUCGAUAAGAUUGCCGAUGGUGAUGAGUUAGUAGAAGUGAUCCAGGUUAUUGAGCCGGUAAAACCUACGCGUGGGGGACGCACUCCGAGAGCGGCUGCCCCAGUUGCCAAAUCUACACCGAAAAGUACCGAUCGCCGACGAAACCGAACAAGAGGUCGGGCAGCGGUGACUACAGCGGAUGCCGCGGAUGAUGAAAAAGUGGAAGUCUUCAUGGAAGUAACCGAGGAAAAGGAAGAGAUAGUCAAAGAAGAAGAUAAGCUUCCGGAAAAAGAUGUUGAAGUAGUGAAAGAGGAUGAAUCAGUCGACAAAGAUGAUUCGAAGGGUUCCAAGGGAAAGAUAGAAUUGAAGAAUGAACUUUUAGCUGAUUGGAGUGAAGACGAACAGGAUGAUCAGAACGACUCUGCGAAAGAAGAGGUGACUGUUAAAGACGAAGAGCCAGUUGAGAAGCUCAAAUCUGUGAAUACUGCAACGAACUCGCAUGAUACGAGUUUGGAGAAGUCAGUUGAUUGUUCACCCCAGUUAGCGUCACCAGUGUCGUCAGGAACGACAAUCAAGUAUCGAAAUAUUCCGAAGAAGCAAAAGCGGGAGUUUAUCGAGGUGACAAACGAUCAACCAACUGCGCCAGUGGCAACUACAGUGGAAAAAUCUUCUAAUGAAAGCUGUAUCAGUACGACAGCAGCGAUAUGUGUUGGAGAUACUUCAUUAAAUUCAUCGGACAAAACCCUAGCAUCGACCGAGAAUUUCCCCGAUCGACCAAUAAGUGCAAAGCAACGCAUCCUGGAUAGGGCAACACGUGGAUCCAGCAAAUCGAUCAGCAGUGAUGAAACAAAGCGUGAAUCGCCGGUUAAAGCAAUAGCGCAAGAAUCUCAGUCGCCCAAGGACGAUGACUCGAAGAAGGAAACGUCCUGUUUCGAUUUUAAGGAAGACGAAGAAGAGGAAGUAGUACUAAAUAAGUCACCCCGGAGAUCACUUUCCAAUAAACGUGACCCUUCGCUGGAAUUGAGCACCAACAUUGUUGAUCCCAUCCAGGAGCAAGAGGAACUGGAGCGUGCUAAGAAGGAUGCGGAACUUACGAACAAAAUAGAAUCGCUGCUUUGUGAAACUAGCCUACCGAGCUUGCCGGAACUUCCUAAGAUCUCAAAUACCCCAUCCCCGGGACCAUCAUCGUCUACGGAGACAACACCCCAACUCAAAGAAGAGAUUGAAAGGAACCGUACUUUACCGCCGAAGGAACGUGGUAAGCGUAUCUUCAAGACGCGCAACAAAAUAAUCGAAAACGAAGCGAUUGCGCUUGAACAGUCAAAAGCGAUUGUAAUGGAUUUUGUUAAAAAGUCCCACGAAGAAGAGCUUGCAGAGCUGCUGGAACAGCAAAGGGUCGAGACGAAGCUGAGUUCGGAAUCACCAACGACUACUAACGAUGACUCACAGGAAUCAGUUGUGUCAAACGAGCCAACUCGUUUCGAAAAUUCAGAAUUCGCAGCGAUCAAAUCCAAGCGUACGAAAAUUUCACAAGCAGAAAAUAUUCUGGCCCUGAGUGCUCAAGCAAACAUUACACAGGAGUCAUCGGUUAGUUCUUCCAACGAGAUGCCGAAGCCUACGGAAGCGGACUCUCUACCGGUGUCCAUAAGUAAGGAACAGUUGGAGCUAAAUUCGCUAAGUACUGUUGAUGAUACACCCAGAGGUGGUCGGAAGAGCAAACAGAGGAAAUCCGGUACACCAGUAAUUGAAAAAACGAUUGAAGAAAAGGCAAAGCCGGAAUCACAAUCACCCGUUCCAGACGGUGCUACCAGGAGUCGUAAAAAGAAAAGCCUCGAGCUUCAGGUUUCAGUUGAAACGCCGAGCUCGGAAGGAAUCGUAGAGUCGGAACCACAAUUACACCUUGAAGAUGUAAUUCGCAAAGGACGAAAGAAGCGAGGCGUUGAACUUCCGCAUUCAGUUAUUGAAAAACCCAGUACAACCAUGGUCAAUGUUGAGAAAAUGGCCGUGGAAGCACCAGAACCAGUCGAAGAAACUGUUAAGCCGGAACCACAAUCCACCCAUCGCAGUUUGACUCCCAAAGGGCGGAGGAAGAGAGGUAUGGAGCUUCAGAGCUCAGGUAUGGUUGUGAUUGAAGCACUUAGCUCGGCCAUAGUUGCUGAGUCAGAAACACACACGUGCUUUGAAGAUGUGACUACUAAAGGACGAAAGAAGAAGGGUGUAGAGCUUCAAAACUCUGAUAAAGCAGAAAUGUCUAUUUCAGUAGAAAUGGAUAUAACUCCAAAAAAUCAAAUAAAGGAAUCCGACUUGGUAGCGAUUGGAGCCCAUAGCUCUAAGGAAGCAGUAGUGUCGGAAGCAAAUACACUCAUAGAAGAUGCGCCUGUCAAAGGAAGAAAGAAACGGGGCAUAACGCAUAGCAGUUCAGCAGUUGAAAAGCCUAGUUCAGCUUCUUCUGAAGUUGAUAAAAAAAUCAAUGAAACUUCAAAGCAGAACGAAGAGCCAGAAGCAGCCUUAGCAGUGAAUGCUCUGAAGGACCGAAAGAGAAGAGGCGUUCAUCAGAGAUCAAACGUGGAUGAGGAUAAGGAGCUCAACUCGGAACAAGUUGUAGAAUCAGGAAUAGAUUCACGCGUCGAAGAUGUGGUUCCAAAAGGACGGAAAACACGAAGUGUGGAACCUAUUAGCCCAGAUAUAGGGGAGGUUACACAGGUGAUUGAAAUCACAGAGCCGGAGGCUCCUAAGACUCGAAGAAAGAGGGGGGUGGGGCUUCCAAGCCCAGUAGUUGAAACCCCAAGCUCUGCUACUGCCGAAUUUGAAAAAACGGUUGAGAAGAUUUCUGAACCAGUCAGAGAUUCAACACCCAAGGGUAGAAGGAAGCGAUUUAGUGAGCUUCAAAGCCCAGAUCAGAAGAUUGAUGACCAACCUUGUACCGGUGCUUCUCAUACUGAAGAAUCAGUCGACAAGGAAACGACUUCGGAGCCACAUGCUGAAGCUGCCGUAUCUAAGAGUAGAAAGAAGCGAAGUGGCGAAUUGCACAACUUGGAGCUCCCAGCGUCGCAACGUUUUGCAACUGUGGUUUUAGAAAAAUUAACCGAAGCAACCUUAGAAGCGGAGCUCCAAUCAGAGGUCCCCGACAUCACACCAAAAAUCCGCAGGAAGAGAGUUUCAGAAGUGGUUGCAGCCGUUGAUAGUAUCGAAAGCCCGCUCGAGGAAGCACCUAAACUAAAAGAAAUAUGCCUGGAAGUUAGUGCACCCAAGGGUAGAAAGAAGAGAAGUGAUGAGUUUCAAUAUUCAGAGCAGUUGGGUCAUGAUACACUUCGGGUAGAGAUUGAAAAACUAGUACAAGAGAUUCCGAAACAAAAACCACAGCCAGUUGUUGCAGAUGUCACACCCAAGAAUCGUAAGAAGCGAGGUAUGAUAGAUCAAUCAAUUGACCUUGAUACGUCUAAUACAGUAACAUCCGAGGCUGAUGUGGCUCCUGAUUCGGAAUUAGUAUCAGCCGUUGGAGCCAAGGGCAGAAAGAAGAAAAAUAGUGAAUUGCGAAAUGUCGAUCUAGCGACGACCGAUUCGAUUCGCACAGCUAUUGAGAAACCAGAUGAAAUUCCGGAAUUAGAAGCACCCCAACCCGUCGCUGAUACUGGUUCCAAAGGUAGAAAGAAUAAGGGAAGAGAGCUCCAAAAGUUAGAAGUGCCUGUUGCAGGUCCUGUUACUAAAGUGUCUGAAAAAUCAGAAGAAACAAUCGAAAUUCCGAAGUUUGAAACAGAAUCAAACCUUGCAGAAGCUACUCCUAAGGGUAGAAAGAAAAGAAGCAGUGUCCUUCAAAGCUCAGAUCUUACCAUCCUCGAUACGCCUGUUUCUACUGAACGAUUGGUUGAAGAACCAGUUGAAGAAAUUCCAGAGCCAGAUCAAAACACCAGGCUUCCCAAAACAAUCGAGGAUAUACCCCAAAAAGGUCGAAAGAAGAGAGGAAAUGAAAUGAAAAGCCCUGAAGCGGUGGCUUUGGAUAAUGCAACUUCUGAAGCAAAGAAACUACUCGAGGAAAGCCCAAAAUCGGAACUCGCAUGUAUCGACAUUGCUAUUAAUGAGGAAUCGGAGAAGAAGAGCGAUAGGCUUCCAUCUGAACAGUUGACAGAUGCUGAAGUGGUCGAAAAACCGAUGGAAGAUAUUAAAAAAACAGCAACUGAGCCACGUGCUAAUGAUGUAUCUCCCAAGGUGCGAAGAAAGAGAGGUGGUGAGCUCGAUAAACUCGAUCUGACUGCUUUAGAUAUUCCUCGCUCGCGUCGAGGUAAAAAUAUCAAAGUUGAUGAACCAGUUGUAGCGUCUCAAGAAGUCGAAACCUCGAAAGAAGAGCCGAUUGUGGUGCCAACUUCGUUUGAAAAACAUCGUAAAUCUAAGCGGCCGAAGAAGGACGAAGAAGUAGUAGAGGAGCAUCUUUCAAAAACCGAACAAGUCGUAUCCUCAAAAUCAGAAAUAGUGUCGUCUGUUGUAGAGGAAUCUAAGGAAGAUACAAAAGUGGUCAUAUCUAAACGCUCAAAGCAGCCUAAGCAAUCGUCGGCAGAUUCAACCGCUGAAGAUAUUCCAAUGGUUACUGAACCAACUGUUUGUAAUAGUGAGAAAGUGGAACCCAUUGCUCCUGAGCAACCCGAUUCCACGCCUUUCCAUAAGCUGCAGCCCAUCAAAAUGAUUAUAAAAUCCCGGGGCAGAAAGUCAAAUUCAGAAUUGCUUUACGAGUCCACUGAGGUAUCCUCGGAAACAAAAGAGGAUGAGGUUAAAGAGAAACUUCCCAAAUCUCCUAAAAGCUCCAAGAGGAAGACACUGACUGAACCAGUGCCAGUUGAGGACUUACCAAUACCAACGGAGAUAUCACCGACUGAGAAUGUGGAAGAGCCCACCAAAUCUCCCAAAUACAAACUGCCGAAAUUCAUUCAUGAUCAGUCGAAGCCUACGAAAGAUGAUAAGGUUUCGGAAGAAGCAUUACAAAUUUGUACUCCGACAGAUCCUACUGACACUGUUUUACAAAUUGCGGAAGCUUUGAUACAUUUACCAGACGCAACUCCAUUAAAGCCUGCCGUUGUUGACUCAGACAAGGUAGAUCUUAAACCAAACAGUAGUUCGCCCGCACCCAGCGCAAAGACGAUUAAUCCUAGGAAGCGGCACCUUCAGACAUUGAUGAGUAGCCCUGAAUUAGUGGAACAACCUAAACAAUCGGAACCGGUUGAAUCUGUUAUCAUUCCAGAGAAAAAGAAACGUGAAAUUGAUGAGGUUGCUAGCGAAGUGGCGCCUGUAAGCACUGCCGCAAACGAACCAGUCGUAUCGGAAAAGAACCAUACUCAGCGAUUAGAGGAAGAUAAAUUCGACAUCAACAACAUCCCGAUUGUUAUGGAUGAUAGUGAACUUCUGGACGAAUCAAAUAUUUCAACAACCACAAAUACCCAACAGCCAAUUGAAGAGACUCUUCAAAUUCCUACGACGAAACAUAUGACUAAGAAAAUGGUCGUCGCAAAAAGCAGUAACGGAUCGGAAUCCGUUCCGAAAACUACCCCUCAACAGGAUUCCCACGAGACACCGUCUUCUAUACCGGAUUUGUCAGUCGAAUCUACUAAUCUUUCCGUUAAACCUACAGUAAACGAACAGUCAUCUGCGAAAUCGGUUCAAUCACGAACACAUUCACCCACAAAUCGUGGAGCAACACAGCUGGUACAGGCUAGCAGCGUAGGACAGAUUGUGAUAACUAGCAAGGGCACUGUCUUCACAACACAAUCGCCCACUACUUCCACCGCAAAAUCUAGUCGAAGCGGAUCACCCAAAACCCACGUAACUCCGGCCAAGGUUAGUAGAAGCAUAGUUUCGUCCGUGAGUAGCGUGGGUACCAUCAGCAGUUCCACUUCAAAACCAUCUCCACCUUCUUCUUCACCCACCAGUCAUAGUAGUGCAGACGAAUCGACUACUAAACCUCCUGUGAAGAUAUGCGUACAAUCGCAGGAAAUCCUGUACUCUCCAACAAAGUCGCGAUCAUCAACGUCGAAGUCAACUGACACGCCUAUCAGUCACAAGAAGACAUUCUCUAGUAGUUCGUCGCCAAAGAAACUUCUCGCGAAAAAGCACGCCGAUAUCAAUUCACCUACCACUAGCGGUAAACCUCUAUUCUCUACGUCCAAGGGAGCUCCGAUUACACCGCAACCCGCCACAUCAUCGGCAGUAGGCUCAGGAAAAGCACACAAAGUCAUCAAGAUCUCGCCACAAAAGCUCAAAGAGUUCACACGAUUAGGAAUGGUAGAAGACAAAGGGCAGGGAAUACUCACAGCCAGUGGCAUGAAGAAGUUCCGUCAGGAGCAGUACCAGUUGCAGAAACAGCAAAGAUCACGGUCGGAUGAACCUAAGAAACCAUUAAGGGCAGACUCGGUUGAUGAAGAACCAUCCACAUCUACUCCAACC